AUUCCUCUCCAAAAACAAGAUCCCUAGUUUUCUUCCUUCUACUACUGCCUUUUAUACCCAGGCCAAAGGUUGUUCACGGUCUGAGUUCACAGCCAUGAACUCAAAGCUUGGACCGUGAACUCGAACCAAUUCGCGUUGUUUCACUACAACUCAUCACGGUCUGGAGCUGAAGUUCAUGGUCGUACUUGGCUUCAGUAGCCUCUGAAAAUCCUCUGGACGUCCUUCGGUUCACGGUUUGUGGUUCCAAUUCACGGUCCUAGCAAGCGUGAACUCGUUGUUUAGACUGUGAACUGUGGCUGCUUUCCUGGGCCCCCGCACUUCACGGUUACGGGGCAAUUGUCACGGUCUAGCAACUUUGGACAUUUUUUUCACUUUUUGGCGCUUCUCGACCUUCAAUCGACCCGAAACUCGUCCUCGACCUUCCCACACGUACUAGGACCUGAAAAAUAUCAUAACAAACACAACCUAGCGUAAAAUAGGUCAAGGGACGGUGAUCUUCUAAGCAAAACAUACAAGAAAUGAGUGGUCAAAUGUGUGCAUUUGCACCCGAAUUAUUUUCCCAAAAUCUUCUAACUUCCAAUCACUAAUUUGACCUCCUAAUCUUACACCCCGAUCGUUCUAAAGGUCAAAAUGACUAUUAUACCCUUGGAUUACUUUUUCAAGUUGCACCGUAAUAUCGAUGAGGAUUAAAAAUGUAAAUUCUCCGUUCAAGCGGUGUCGAAUUUCGAUGUAAAAUGAAAAAAUUACGGCCAUAAAUUGAUCGAGUGAGCUUGCUAAUCAGACCGGUCUUGUUUGGGAAUUUGCUUCACUAUUGGGCCUCCUGGUUUGUUGAUGGAGGAGAGGAACGGGCUCAAGCCCAGGAUGGACGAAGAAAAAAAGAAAAAAAAAAGAAUUGACUGGUAACCUAGUGAGAAGAAAAAAGGAAGGGAAGGAGAAGUGGGAGGUAAAAAGGGAAAGAGUUGGGCUCCGACCCAAGUUGGAAAAAGAAAAUAAAAGGGAAGGGCGGACUCCUUGGGUUGCUGAAAUGGAAAGAGGAAGUGAGCUUUAGCCCCGCAGGAGAAAGGAAGGGAUGGCCAAGGUCCCAAGCGAGGAAGUGGAGAGGAGUCACCUCUACUCUGGCGCGUCGAUGGGAAAACAGAAUGGCCAGGAAAGUAGAGUAGUUAACGGAAACUUGGAAGUCGCCGGGAGAUAGGGUGCAAAGGAACGAACAAUUAAUUUGGGGUUUUAAUUUUCGAUUAAGGGGCGAUUAUGGAAAUCGAAUAGAUUGGUUCUCUUCCCUACAAAACUGACGCGAGGAAAGACAGAGGAAGAGAGGCGAAAGGAAACAACAGGAGAGAAAUAAAAAAAAUAAAAGCUCACUCAGUUUUUUUUAUCAUCGAACGGAGACAGAGAGUAGCGCCGGGGAAAAACUCGGGAGACGGAGAGGGAGGAGCACGACCAGCCGUCAACCAGGAGGAAAUCGUCAAAGGCUGAAUGGCGACCACAGAAAGUAAGGAGCUCGGCAAUACGACGGCGACAUAGGCUAGAGCCGGUGUUGAUUCCGAUGGCAGCGGGACGAGGUGAAGACGAUGGUGAGGCCACGCAGCUAUCCUCCCAAGCGUUCGAAAGUCUGGGUUGUUCGGAGUUGGCCUCCGAUGUGUGGCCCACGCCAUAGAAUUGACGUCAACCGCGGCGGCGGGGGAAUUCCGGUGACGAUGGCCUCCAGCGUGCUGCUCUCUAAGGACCAGGAAGAGGAGUCGGAGGAGUGGUCUGCUGGUGAAGGGCUAGAGGAGGAGGAUUAACUUGACUGCGACCGGAACUUAGAGGUCGGCGGCGACGGCGGGAUUGAGGUAAACGAUGUCUCGUUUUGUUGGAAUUCAAUGGCAUCAAAUUAUGGGUGAUUAAUUCUUUUAGGGUGCUAGGAAAGUUUGGUAGAAUUUAAGAAGUCUAGGUGUCGAAUUAUAAUUUACCAUGCCAGAGGUUAGUUAGUAAGUAGCAAUUGUUUGGGUAUCAAAAAGGAAAUAUGUGAAUUGGGACUGAUUUGUCAAAAUGAGAAAGUUAAACCUUCCUUGAAGCCCAAACUAUGCAAUUCUGGAAGUUGGAGCCAAAUUGGUAUAACCUAGGAAUUUUGGGUACCAUUCUGUAAUUUGCCAUAUUGGGGCAAAAAUGUAAUUUUCCAGAAUUUUGUGGGGAAGUCUAGGAAAGGUUAAAUGGAGAAAUUUGGAAUUUGAAUCAACCAAAUUGGAGGUCGUUUGGCUAGUUACUCUUUGCGAGAAAUGGAUUAAGUUUUGCCUAAAUGCUUAAUAGGAGGAAGAACAAAAGGAGGUAAAGCACGAGGAGUUUGAGCAUGGAAUCUCGGAAGAUGAUAUGGAAUAAUCAACAAUAAAGAGGGGUCUUGUCAAUCGACCAGGGUCGGAAAAUGAGGUGAGUGUAAAGGAGAUAGAAUCUCCGUCGAGCUCUUUUAGUUUAUGCUUUUAAUUCAAUUAUGUUUGUUAUUUUCGAGUUAUGCGCGAUUAUGUGUGUGAGGCAUCCCAUCGCCUACUUAAAGUGGAGGCACACAUUGUUCUAUUUAUGUGAACGUGUGUGUUGUUGUAUGUUUAAUGGUAAGAUGAACCCCCGGGCGGUUGGGCCACUACUGGACGCGGUAGAUGGUCGGAUCACUGCUGGACGACAUUACAUAACGCAACAGUUGAUCGGGCAUAGUACUGGAUAACGAGACGUAGCGCAGACCAUAGCCGAGUUGGGUAUGCAACUGGACGUCGAGACUUAACGCGGUUGGCAUCCAUAAAAGGUCACCAAAAAGCCACCGACAUAUAGACCCGUCGCACCAUCACCAAUGAUUCUGUCUUAUACAAUAACAUAUCUUUAAUAUUUAUGCAUCUAUAAAUUGAUAAAAAAACCCCUAAACAACUUUACUACUCUUGCUUUUUAAGUGAAUAAAAGCCCCUAAAUGCUUCUAUUAUUUUCUUUUAGAUGGCAUGGUGUGAUUAGUUAUGCAUUAGAAUUCCUUGUGAAAUUUGACCCUAGGGCGUCCUAGGAUUAUAACUUCGAUAUUUUGUAUCAAGUGGAUCCUAUUGGAGCUCCUCCUUUGAAUUGAGAUAGUUGAUACUCUAGUGGGUCCUCACCUUCAUGCUCCAUUUAAGGUUGAUCAUCAUUGUUCUCCUCCAUGAUCUCUUGUUCAAUGUUAUGUUCCAAGGGUUUCAUAAAACUUUGAAUAAGAC